CCCAUUGGACAAUAGCAGUGGGAGUGGGCGGAGCCACAGUGAACACUACCGCCGCCUCCUCCUCCCUUCCCUCAGCUCGCUGCUUUCCUGCAGGCUGCCUGGCUUCCGGAGAACACGCCGAGCGACUAACUUAAGUUUUUACUUGUGUUUCUGUGCGUUUAAACUCGACGCUCACGACGCAGACAGAUGGCUCGAACAUUCCUUCACAAUUCAGGACACGAAACAGUUUUAAACUCGCAAAGCGGACUGGUCUAAAUUGAUCCACAACUUUAAACAAACCAACGACGGAACAAGUAACCGAGAUAAAGGAUCGGCUCUGCUCCUACAAAGAUUUAAGUCAAGAUGUCUGUCAGUAACCACGAAAAUAGAAAAUCUCGCUCUAGUUCUGGCUCCAUGAAUAUCCAGCUCUUCCACAAGACGUCCCACGCUGACAGCUUAUUGACUCAACUCAACCUGCUGCGCAAACGAAAAGUCUUCACAGAUGUUGUUCUGAAGGCUGGGAACCAAUCCUUCCCCUGUCACCGGGCCGUCCUGGCCUCCUGUAGUCGAUACUUUGAGGCCAUGUUCAGCGGUGGGCUUCGGGAGAGUCGUGACGCUGAAGUCAACUUCCACGACUCUCUCCAUCCGGAGGUGCUGGAGCUCUUGCUUGACUACGCCUACUCGGCCCGAGUCAUCAUCAACGAGGAAAAUGCAGAGUCGCUCCUAGAAGCCGGAGACAUGCUUCAGUUUCACGACAUCAGGGACGCAGCAGCAGAGUUUCUAGAAAAGAACCUCCACCACUCAAACUGCCUGGGGAUGAUGCUGCUGUCAGAUGCCCACCAGUGUCAGAGACUGUAUGAGCUGUCAUGGAGGAUGUGCUUGGCAAACUUUGCUACUCUCUUCAGGACAGAGGACUUCCUCAGCCUGCCCAGAGACAAAGUCCAGGAGCUGAUCCUCAGUGAGGAACUGGAGGUGGAAGAUGAGAGUCUUGUGUAUGAGGCUGUUAUUGACUGGGUUAAGGCGGACAUGGAGCAGAGGCAUAGUGAGCUGCCCGAGCUGCUGCGCUGUGUCCGCCUGGCUCUGCUCCCUGAGACGUAUCUACUGAAGAAUGUCGCUUCAGAGGAGCUGGUGAUGUGCCACAAGGUGGGUCGGGAGAUUGUUGAAGACGCUGUACGGUGUAAGAUGAGGAUCCUUCAGAACGACGGUAUCGUAACGGGGUUCUGUGCCCGGCCAAGAAAGGUCAGCCAGGCCUUGCUGCUGCUGGGAGGUCAGACUUUCAUGUGUGAUAAAGUCUACGUGAUCGACAACAAGACCAAGGAGAUCACCCCAAAAACGGACAUCCCCAGCCCCAGGAAAGAAUGCAGUGCCUGCGCUAUUGGUUGCAAGGUUUACGUUACAGGAGGGCGUAGCUCUGAGAAUGGGGCCUCCAAAGACGUCUGGGUCUAUGACACGUUACAUGACGAAUGGUCCAAAGCAGCCCCCAUGUUGGUCGCCAGAUUUGGACAUGGUUCUGCGGAGCUCGACCACAUCCUGUAUGUUGUGGGAGGACACACUUCUCUAACAGGAUCCUUCCCUGCCUCUCCAUCUGUGUCUCUCAAACAGGUAGAACAGUACGACCCGCAGACCAACAAAUGGACUCUGGUAGCUCCGCUCAGAGAAGGGGUGAGCAACGCUGCUGUCGUAGGUGCCAAAAACAAACUCUUUGCCUUUGGGGGCACCAGUGUAAACAGAGACAAGUACCCCAAGGUGCAGUGCUUUGACCCUUGCCAGAACCGGUGGUCAGUCCCGGCUGCUUGUCCACAGCUCUGGAGAUACACGGCUGCAGCUGUAGUUGGCAACCAUGUUGUUGUGAUUGGCGGUGAUACUGAAUUCUCAGCUAGCUCUGCUUACCAGUUCAACAGUGAGACAUACCAGUGGUCAAAGUUUGGUGACGUGACAGCCAGACGGAUCAGCUGUCAUGCAGUGGCAUCAGGAAACAGACUGUAUGUGGUCGGGGGGUACUUUGGAGCUCAGAGGUGUAAGACACUAGACUGUUACGAUCCGUCAUCGGACUCCUGGGACAGUGUGACCAGUGUGCCCUAUUCACUUAUUCCCACUGCCUUCGUCAGCACAUGGAAGUACCUCACAGCAUAGCGACGCACUGACUGAGGCUUCUACGAUCAGCUGUGGUGUCUGGUAUGCUGCAGAGAGGAGGAGGAAGGUUUUGUGUGUUCUGCUGUGGCUCCAUCCAGCCCAAUUUCAGGUCUUCAUCAUCUGCGGAGGAGUGAAGACUGGAAGCCUGCAGCUUCAUUCCACCUCAUCUGUUUACUUGUUUAUGUUGUGUAACUUUGUAGCCACUAAUCUAAGCUGGACUCAUUACCAUGUAUACUUGACGGCCGUUUCUGUAGAAUAUGCUAACAGCAGCCAGGAAACUGACUGAUAGCAUAGAUGUGUCCUCUGGGCAUCUGCUUUGAAUCUUCGUUCUUUUUCUUUUUCCACUUCCCGGUGUGACUAAGCUCACUUGAUUCACUCCAUCAAAUACAUGUAUCCUCUCACUGGUAGAUAACUUGAUUAGCUAAUACGUUGUUUUACAGUGAACUUUAAAAAAAAAUCAGCCGUCCUUUCCUGUGGUGUCUCCCCCAACUUGACACUGGGCGUCUACUCAGGUGUAACUUAUUUGGACUGCUGAUAGGCUAAUUAGACCUUUGCUCUGCCAGGCAUAAAGGGAAGGAGAGAAGACAUUUAGGGAAGUGUAUGAUUUUGUGCACAGAAACAGUCCUGUCUGUAUUUUUAGACUUUGGAUUUGGGCUUCCCUCAAUUUUGGUAAACUAAAUUUGCAUCUUCCUCCUUGACUUAAAAUACAAGGUCGUAAAAGAGAAUGUGGCCCAUCACAACUGAAGUAGUUUUUGUGUUUCAAGAUGUUAUUUCAAACUAUGAUUUGUCUUUUUUUUUCCUGUUUUAUGUCUCAGGGUUAUGUAUAGGUUUGCUGUAUUUGUUCAAAGAAGGUUAGACUAUUUUUUUAUAUAUCUUCUGUCUUGAAAACCUUUUAUUGUGAAUGUUAACUCAUUUUAGAAUACAUUCUUACUUUGUUUGGCCAAGUGAAAAUAUACAGCUAAUCGCAAUGAUCACUGUUGAAAACCUGAAUAGCUAACCUUAGGUUUUGUUAUUUAAAUCCAGAAUAACCAUAAGUGUGUUCUAAGUAGUUAACUUUUUAGCUAUAAGAUUAUUUUUUCAUUUCAUAUUUGAGCAUCUUUAAUGAAGUCUUUUGUGUGUGUAUAGUUUGUAUUUUUGCUUUGUAAUGCAUUUUGUAGAAGCCUUUGAUUUGCACAGUUUGUACCAAGAAAUCUAUUAAUGGUCUUAAUUUUGUAUCUUUGUCUUAACCCAGCUUGGGUAAUGUGAAUAAUCAAAUUCUCUUCAGCAGUCUUUUAUGUACAAGUCUGCAGUUUUCCAAUAUAUCAAAUAUACUGGUAUAUUAAGCUGUUACUGCUCACACUGUCAUGUUCUACAGCUACUUGUCAAUAAACCCCAUCUUGUUGAAAA